CCAGGGCUCGGGCCGGAGAAGGGACUGCUGUCUGGUGUAGGAACACUCCAGCGACCGUUCGGAGGAUCCCUGGUGACCGGCAGGUACUGGAGCGGAUCCAGCCACUGGAGCAAUGAGGUUGGAGCCUGGAUGAAAAAUUCUAUGUUUUGCCGCUCUAAUAAACAUUUCAAACCAUAAAGUUUGGCCCACCUUGAGUUGAGACGUGACCAAGGGCAAAACACAACUGAGAUGGACGAAGAUGCCACAAGCGAAGACAACAUGGCUACACAAGCUAGUCCAAGCUCGGAGUUACCUGCUGAUCUAUCGAGGAGGAUCAAGGCUAUAGAAACAACAUGCACUUCUAGCUGAGAAUGAGAGGCUGAAAAACAAAGUGGAGGACUUAGAAAAUCGUUCCUGUAGGUCCAAUCUGCAAGUUGUCAGUAUCCCGCAGCAUCUGGAGGGGAAGGACACAGUUAAGUACAUGACCGAAUUUUUUGAGGAAGUCCUGGGUAAAGAAUUCUUCAUGCAUCCCCUCAUUAUCUCCUGCGCUCACCGAGUAGGACCCAAGCCGACUACUGACUCCGGCGCUAGCUCCAAAUGGCAGAGGACAUUCUUUGUUCUCUUACACACCUUCCAAAACAAACACUGCAUAAUAACGAGGAAAUGAGAGCAGCUGUUCUUCAGGGGACAUAUGGUAUUUUUCCAUGAGAAUGUCAAUGCAGAACUCAGCAAGAAACGAGCUGCCUUUAAAGUAGUAAAAUCCUUCCUGGACAAGAGGAACGUCAGGUUUGGUCUUAUCUAUCCUGCAUGUCUCCGCGUACAUGAUGGACAGGCGCUGUUCUUCUAGAGUUUGGAGAAGGCCAGGGAGUUUUACAAUCUUCACUGGGGAGACCAUAGAGACUGAAAGCACAAGUUCAGGAGAGGACCUGCUGAUUGCCAGCCCCCCCUCACCUCCUCCUCCUCCACCUCGCAUCUACAAGCCCUGCUUUGUAUGUCAGGACAAAUCCUCAGGAUACCACUAUGGAAUCAGUGCCUGCGAGGGUUGCAAGGGUUUCUUUCGGAGGAGCAUCCAGAAGAAUAUGGUGUACACGUGUCACAGAGACAAAGUCUGUGUCAUUAACAAGGUAACAAGGAACCGGUGUCAGUCCUGCCGACUGCAGAAAUGCCUCGAUGUUGGCAUGUCCAAGGAGUUGGUGCGAAAUGACAGAAUGAAGAAGAAGAAGGAAGAGAAGAGGCAGGGGGAGGCAGAGGUCUACGUCCUAUCAGCAGAAACAGAGCAGAUGAUCGAGCAAGUUCGCCGGGCCCAUCAGGACACAUUUCCUUCCCUCUGUCAGCUUGGAAAGUACACCACGAGCAACAGCUCUGAGCAGCGUGUCGCUCUGGAUGUCAGUCUUUGGGACAAGUUCAGUGAAUUGUCCACUAAAUGCAUCAUUAAGACAGUGGAGUUCGCCAAGCAGCUGCCUGGCUUCACAACGUUAACCAUUGCUGAUCAGAUCACCCUGCUCAAAGCGGCCUGCCUCGAUAUACUGAUUCUAAGGAUCUGCACUCGGUACACACCAGAUCAGGACACCAUGACCUUCUCCGAUGGUUUGACUUUGAACCGCACACAGAUGCACAAUGCUGGGUUUGGACCUCUCACAGACCUGGUGUUCUCCUUCGCCAACCAGCUGCUCCCACUGGCGAUGGAUGAUGCAGAGACAGGAUUGCUUAGUGCCAUCUGUCUGCUCUGUGGAGACCGUCAGGAUCUGGAGGAAUCAGAGAAGGUGGAUGUCCUACAGGAGCCAAUUGUUGAAGCCUUGAAGAUCUAUGUGAGGAGGAGGAGACCCAAUAAACCCUGUAUGUUCCCCAAGAUACUGAUGAAGAUUACUGACCUCAGGAGCAUCAGUGUGAAGGGAGCAGAGAGAGUGAUCACACUGAAGAUGGAGAUACCUGGCUCCAUGCCUCCUCUCAUCCAGGAAAUGCUGGAGAACUCAGAGGGACUGGAGGGGCAUGGACCUGUCGGAGGGAUAGGAGGAGGAGGUGGAGGAGGAGAAGGUAGAGGAGGGGGCAGAGAAGAGACUGAUACAGAGCUCAGGAGCUGCCAUCCGAGUCUGUCGCCCAAACCAGUUCCCUCUCCCAGCUGGAGCCCUGUGCCAUGCUCCCCCUCUUCUUCGUCCCCCUCUACUUCAGAUUUUACACUCAACACCUCUGCAUUACCCCAGAGUACAGCCUGGUGUUGCAAGGACAACAAAAACUUGACCCAAUAACAGAUGAUCUGAGGACAAAAAAUAACAUUAAAUCUCUGGGUUACUGGUGACAUGCUUUGUCCAUCAAUUCAGUUAAACUGUAUGUCAGCCAGCAGGGUGGCAAUGUAUCUUUAUACAAGAGCUGCAGGUGGGUUGGAUGAGGUGGAAUUAAAGCAAUUGAACUAUGCUGUGAGGACCGGUAUGUAUUCAGGAAUGAUGGUUUAAUACAUUGAAUGCAAAAAACACUAUUUACCAUUUUUGUUAUCUUUGUACACUGCCUCAAUGGUAAAAUAUGACUGUGCAAGAACUUGUCAGACUGGAACAGACUAACAAAAGAAGUUAUUUUUCUACAUUUGCAUAUAUACCCCACACAUACCACAUAUACCGCAUGCACAUACAGAGCCCCAGUCUUCUCCUUUUGCUCCCUUCAUGCACUUGUGGAAAAUAAUUAUCUUGACUGAAUUGUCCUUCACUGCAAUCAGAAAUGUUAUCAUGAGUUGGAUACCUUAUAUAGCUUGAAGCAAAUCUAUUUCUUCACGUGUUACUUGGCAUCAUCCUCUGUAAGACACAAAAAUGGUUUGUUUUCAAAUGCAGCUUUCAGCAGCGCAACUGUGACCAACUGUGAAAACAUUUGUCAAAGUGACACAAUGUCUGCCUGUUGGUGGACACAUUCAACCAAAGCUAACUGUGAUACCAGCAGAACAAACACCCCUGGUGACAAACUGCACUGUGGCACUAGAGUUGUUCAGCUCUGCAGAAUCAGAGUUUAAUGAGGGAAAUAUGGAAAUCUCACAUCAGCAAUAACAUGUCUCACAAUGUACAAGCCGUAUUUUAUUUCUAUAGUUUGCACCACUGUCAUAGUGUGUUUACACAGUGACACUGCCUCACUUCAGCAUACCCUGUCAGGUAAAAAUAGUUUUUCAGUGUUGUCAUUUUUAAUGUAUGGUGAGGUAAAACUUGCUGGAAAGUAUUGAAAUACAGGGAGUUUAAUAAAGACAUAUUUCUUUGCUGAA